CACACCCCACUCUUCCUCCCCCUCCUCUACACCACCCUCCUCCACACCAUACUCUUCCACCCCCUCCUCAACACUGCCCUCCUCACACCCCACUCUUCUACCCCCCUCUACACCACCCUCCUCCACACCCCACUCUUCCACCCACCUCCUAUAUACCACCCUUCUCGACACCUCACUCUUCCACCCCCUCCUCUACACUGCUCUCCUCCACACACCACUCUUCCACCCCGUCCUAUACACCGCCCUCCUCCACACCGUCCUCCUCCACACCCCACUCUACCACGCCCCUCCUAUAUACCACCCUUCUCAACACCUCACUCUUCCACCCCCUCCUCUACACUGCUCUCCUCCACACACCACUCUUCCACCCACCUCCUAUACACCACCCUCCUCCACACGCCACUCUUCCACCGCGUCCUAUACACCGCCCUCCUCCACACCGCCCUCCUCCACACCCCAUUCUUCUGCCCCAUCCUCUACACUGCCCUCCUCCCCACCCCACCCUUCCACCCCCAUCUUCUACACCACCCUCCUCCACACCCCACUCUUCCACCCCGUCCUAUACACCGCCCUCCUCCACACCCCACUCUUCUACCGCCUCCUCUACACUGCGCUCCUCCACACCCCACCCUUCCACCCCCCUCUUCCACACCCCACUCUUCCACCGCCUCUUCUACACCACCCUCCUCCACACCCCACUCUUCCUCCCCCUCCUCUACACCGCCCUCCUCCACACCCCACUCUUCCACCCCCUUCUCUACACAGCCCUCCUCCACGCCCCACUCUUCCUUCUCCUCUACACUGCCCUCCUCCACAACCCACUCUUCUACCCCCUCCUCUACACUGCCCUCCUCCAACCCCACUCUUCUACCCCCCUCCUCUAUACCACCCUUCUCCACACCCCACUCUCCUACCUCCCUCCUCUACACCACUCUCCUCCACACCUCCUCACUCUUUCACUCCCCUCCUCUAUACCGCCCUCCUCCACACCCCACUCUUCCACCCCCUUCCCUAUAUGACCAUCCUCCACACCCCACUCUUCCACCCCCUCCUCUACACCCCACUCUUCCUCCCCCUCCUCUACAGUAUCCUCCUCCACACCAUACUCUUCCACCCCCUCCUCUACACCGCCCUCCUCCACACCCCACUCUUCCUCCCCCCCUCCUCUACACCACGCUCCUCCACACCCCACUCUUCCACCCCCUCCUCUACACCGUCCUCCUCCACACCCCACUCUUCCACCCCCUCCUCUACACCACCCUCCUCCACACACGACUCUUCCACGCCCCUCCUCUACACCACCUUCCUCCACACCCCACUCUUUCACCCCCUCCUCUACACUGUCCUCUUCCACACCCCACUCUUUCACUCCCCUUUUACACCACCCUCCUCCACACCCCACCCUUCCACCCCCUCCUCUACACCGCCCUCCUCCACACACCACUCUGCCACCCCCCUCUUCUACGCCACCCUCCUCCACACGCCACUCUCCCCCCUCCUCAACACCACCCUACUCCACACCCCACUCUUCCACCCUCCUCCACACCCCACUCUUCCACCCCUCCUCUACACUGCCCUCCUCCACAUCCCGCUCUUCUACCCCCCUCCUCUACACCACCCUUCUCCACACCCCAGUCUUCUACCCCUUCCUCUACACCACCCUCCUCCACACCCCUUUCCACCCCCCUCUUCUACACCACCCUCCUCCACAACCCACUCUUCCACCCCUCCUCUAAACCACCCUCCUCCACACCCCAGUCUUCUAUCCCCUCCUCUACACUGCCCUCCUCCACACCCCACUCUUCCUCCCCCCUCCUCUACACCACCCUCCUCCACACCAUACUCUUCCACCCCUUCCUCAACACUGCCCUCCUCCACACCCCGCUCUUCUACCCCCCUCUACACCACCCUCCUCCACACCCCACUCUUCCACCUCCCUCCUCUACACCAAUACUUGUGACAGCAUUUAGGGCCCAGCACAUCCAGUGUGCCUCUGUCCUCCUGUGCUGUCACCUGUAA